AUGCAUGAUAACAUACCCUACACUUCCCACUAUUAUCACUACAGGCAAAUAUUGGGAGAAGAACUUUUUGGUUUAAGCGUGGAGGAACUUCAAAAUCUGGAAAACAAGUUGGAGACUAGUCUGAAGGCAAUCCGGGCAAAAAAGGAGCAAAUUUUAACCGAUGAAAUCAAAGAACUAAACCAGAAGGGAAAUCUCAUUCAUGAAGAGAACAUAGACCUGUAUAAGAAGCUAGAUCUCAUCCGCCAAGAAAACACAGACUUGCAGAAAAGGGUUUAUGGAUCAGGAAGUGUAAAUGAAACAAACAAAACCUCGUAUAAAGUCAGCAAUGGAUAUGACUUGGAUACACCUAUCAAUCUACAGCUAAGCCAGCCGGAACCUGAAAAAAUUGAAGCACCAGAAACAAUGCAUCUGGG